CUUCCGGCUCUUCUCACAGCUCUCCAGAAAGUUCUGCGCCGUAGAGCCUUUACAAGAACCAGCCAUCUUCCGUCCCCGUUCUCAGCGAAACUCGAGCGAAAGCUAGGAUAUUAAUAUCAACCGGCAAUUGUCACCAUGGUUCACGAAACCGGCUUCUACGACCUGUUGGGUGUCGAUCCCAAAUCCCCACAGGAUGAGGUCAAAAAAGCGUACAGAAAGCUCGCGCUGAAAUAUCACCCCGACAAGAACCCCAAUGAAGGAGAGAAGUUCAAGCUUAUAUCUCAAGCAUAUGAGGUGCUCUCAAAUCCAGAGAAGAGAGAGCUGUAUGAUCAAGGAGGAGAACAAGCGAUCAAAGAAGGAGGCAUGAGUGGAGGAACUUCCCCAAUGGACAUGUUCAACAUGUUCUUUGGAGGUGGAGGAAGGAUGCAGAGGGAAAGAAGAGGGAAGAAUGUUGUCCACCAGCUUAGCGUUACACUGGAUGAGAUGUACAAAGGCAGCACCAGGAAGCUUGGCCUUCAAAAGAGUGUAAUUUGUGAAAAAUGUGAAGGUUAUGGUGGUAAGAAAGGUGCCUUGGAGAAGUGCUCAACCUGCAAAGGAAGAGGAGUACAAAUAAAGGUGCAACAGAUUGGGCCAGGCAUGAUACAGCAGAUCCAAAGCAUGUGUGCUGACUGCCAGGGACAGGGUGAGAAAUUUACCUCUAAAGACCGCUGCAAGAACUGCUAUGGACGCAAAGUAGAACGCAAGAAGAAAAUUCUUGAAGUUCACAUUGAUAAAGGUAUGAGAGAUGGUCAGAAAAUUACGUUCACUGGAGAAGGUGACCAGGAACCUGGAUUGGAGCCUGGGGAUGUCAUCAUUGUUCUGGAUCAGAAGGAGCACGCUGUGUUCCAGAGAAAAGACCACAAUCUGAUAAUGAAGAUGACCAUCAAACUGGCUGAGUCUCUGUGUGGCUUCAAGAAGACCAUCCAAACAUUAGACGACAGAAUGCUCGUCAUUAGCUCUCUGCCAGGUGAAGUAAUGAAACACGGUGAACUCAAAUGUGUUCAGAAUGAGGGCAUGCCAAUGUACAAGGAACCUUUUGAAAAGGGACAGCUUUUCAUUAAAUUUGAAGUGGAAUUUCCAGAGAACAACUGGCUCCCAGAGCAUCUUGUGUUCAAGCUGGAAAGACUGCUUCCUCCCAGGGAGGAUUUGAUGAUUACUGAUGACAUGGAGGAGGCACCACUCUGUGAGGUGGAUGUGCGAACACAGAGACAAGCCAGUGGGGAAGCUUAUGAGGAAGAUGAGGGUCCCAGAAGCGGAGUGCAGUGUCAGACACAGUAAUCUUAAAACAUUUAUAUAUGUUGUAGAGCAUGUGGGUUUUCUGUUCUGAAUUCUUUUUUGUGAACAAGCUUUUAAAGUUCUGUUUUUCAGAGUAAUAUAAUAAAAUAAGUAACAUUAGAUUUAACAGUUGCCAAACUCUCCUGUGACACAAAUAUGCAAGUGGAGUACUCGUAACACAUUUCAUUUGUGCUCCGUUAUCAAAACUGUAUUUUGGCUCAUCGUCCUAUAUGUUCGGCAUUUAAGAUCCUUGUCUUUUAUAUCUGUAUGUUUCGUAAGAAAUCUACGGCACAUUUUCAGAAGCCCAAAGGACUAUUAUGCUUUCUGUGAAGGUAAUUUCAAUCGUGACAAACAGUUGUUUAUUUCUCAAUAAAAGUCCCAGAAUGCUUCAAA